UAGCCAGGGAGGGGAAAUCGCGGACAAUUCCCAGAGUGAGCGUGGCCUUGUGGUUGCGCUACAGAAGGGGCGUGUCGGAUUGAUAUAAAUGAAAGUCCGUAUGGAAGGAGCCGUCGGUCAAAACUUUCAUCCAGGACAAGCGAGAGCGAUUUAUUCGGAUCUGACAACCGGACACAUGUUUGCGUGUGUGUGUGUGUGUGAGAGUGAGUGAGUGAGUGAGUGUGUGUGUGAGUGAGUGUGUGUGUGUGUGUGUGUGUGUGUGUGUGUGUGAGUGUGUGUUCACGGAAGGGAUCUGUCAGCGUGAAGCAAUGGUAUGUGUGUGUUUGAUGUAAUCGCGUGAGCAUUCCUACACCUCUCCAAUCUACAGAGAUAUAAAAGGCACCUCUUGUAUGCAGCAUGUGUAUUCUUCACUGGAUGAAGUGAUUCACCAAAGACAUCUGUUCAGUAGAAAACUGUAGAUAUCAAAUCCGUUCAGAUCUCCUUAUGGCGGCAGUAUUUUUCACCUUGCUCCUCCUCCUCCCCCUUCCUCCAUACAUUUCUUCUCGUCCAUUUGCAAAGACACCAGUGACCAUCGGAGUGGACAAGAAUGUUGUCCACCAAAAUGGUGGCAGCAUUACAAUCAACCAAUCCAGCAACAAUGACAUUCAAAGCUCAAACACGGUAGGACAUAAAGAAAGAGAACUGGACCAGAACACAAUUAAUGUCCACCCAAACAUCCAAAAUGGACAUGAGGUCUAUACAUAUCCAAGAAAAACUGGCCAAAAAAACCAAAACAACAGUGGAACAGAGCAAACCAGCAGUGAAAUCAGCCAAAACAAUGGAAAACUUGCACAUCAUCUGCCGGAUAUCAUUAUCAUUGGAGUAAGGAAGGGUGGUACAAGAGCAUUGCUUGAGAUGCUGAGCCUUCACGACACCAUCGCUACUGCUCAAAGCGAGGUCCACUUCUUCGACUUGGAUGCUCAUUACCAGCAGGGACUCGAGUGGUACACAUCACAGAUGCCACUGGCUCGACCUGAUCAGUUGACGGUAGAAAAGACUCCGGCAUACUUCACCUCUGUUGACGCUCCGGAGCGAAUUCUUCACAUGAACCCUUCCAUCCGGCUCUUGCUGAUUGUCCGAGAUCCUGUGGAUCGUGUUCUGUCAGAUUAUACACAAGUUCUUUACAAUCAGCUUCAAAAACACAAAGUUCCACAGCCCAUCGAGGACCUGCUGCUCCGAGAUGGCGAGCUUAACCUCAACUAUAAAGCUGUGAAUCGAAGUGUGUAUCACCCGCAUAUGCAGCGAUGGUUACGGGUUUUCCCACGUGACAGCUUUCAUAUAGUGGACGGCGACACGCUCAUCAGAGACCCGUUAGCAGAAAUGAAAAAAGUUGAACAUUUUUUGCACCUCAAGCCACAGAUAACCGAAGAAAACUUUUACUUUAAUCGGACGAAAGGCUUUUACUGUUUGAAGGAACAAGGUCACGAACGCUGCCUACAUGAAUCGAAGGGACGAACACAUCCAAAUGUAGCCCCAGAGAUCCUGCAGAAAUUAUGCGAAUACUUUCAGGAACCAAACAGGAAGUUCUUUGAACUGGUAGGAAGAACGUUUGAUUGGAAGUGAGAACUGUUUAAAGAAUGGACAAGGGAAAAUGUUUGCGAUUUUGUUACAGAAGCUCAUUCAUAUGCAAAUGCAAACAGUUAUUUAAACUUAUGGGAAGAACAUUUGGGAAAUACUGUGAAAACUACACCGACAGUUUCACCAAAAAAAGAGCUGGGUGCAAUUGCAUACCAGACUGUUUGAAUUGGUGGAAAACAGUGAAAUAUUUUGAAAACUGAGAUUUUCACGAAACAAACAGGAAGUUCUUUGAGUGUGUGGGAAGAACAUUUGACUGAAAGUGAGAAGUCAGUGAAAUCCAUGCUAGUAUUAUUCACUAGUCAAACAGAAAUUGUUUGACAUCAUAACAAAGGAUUAUGCAAAAUCCUGCAAAAAGCUCAUUACAGUCCUCUGCUAGUUAUUGAAGGAAGUUGGAGAAAUUCAGCAAAUAAAAACUGCACAAAUAGUAUUGUGAAAAACUGCUUUCAUAAACCGGAGGGAAAUUUUGUCAGAGCAGGGUAGUAGUCGAAAAAUAUUAGAUGAACAUUAUAUAUUUAACCUUGGCUUAAUAAUAUAGCACAACAUUAUACAUCAUUACCACAAAACCCAUUCACCUCGACCUGACUGACUGAAAACCUACACACACACACACACACACACACACACACACACCUGGCUAAACUGAAACUAAAAACAGGAGGUUAUUUAAACUUGAGAGGAAAUUAAUUCAGUUGAAUUUGGGCCUUAAAAUCAGAAGGAGGAAAAAAUGCAAGCACACACACAAACCUCAUAAAUAGGAUUAAAAUACAGUGUGUGAAAUUCAGUGUUAUAUAAAACAUGCUGGAAACUUAACACACGUUUGUAAACUUGUUCUUAUUAUUAUGUGUUAUAGUGAUUUUUUUUUUAGGAUAAAUGUUUUAGGACUCAUCAGCUCUAAAUGUGAGUUUGCACCAUGUCAAAAUUUACAAUGUUUAAGGAAACACAACAAUAUAUACAUUAACAAUGUUGUUGUUGUUGUUGUUUUAAGAAUGCCAAAAUAUUACCUCAUGACACUGUGCUUUUUUGUAUUUUUUGAAGGUAUUAAGGAACAAAAACAGCAAACAUUUACACACAUGGACAACAACACAUGGGUAGCCAACAACAAUAUAAUAAUAAUAAUAAUAAUAAUAAUAAUAAUAAUAAUAAUAAUAAUGCCAAAACCAAAUUUUUCCAUUUUGUACAUAAAAUGCAAAACUAUGUUAUGCUAUUUACUGUGAUGUCUAUACCAGACUGUCUAUACCAAAUGAUAGGAAAUGUUUUACUGAUAUGUAUUAACCAGAAGCAGCUGCAUUUUAUGUCUUUUUCAGUUAUGUUUGUCUUUGAUAUGAUUUCACAGUAAGAAAAUUCUCAGCCCAUAAUUCCGACACGAUGACCUGAAGGCAUUAGUUACACAAUGAUAUGACCGUAAUGACAUAAUCAGCUCUCAGGUGGAAUGCUUUCGUGUAUUUUGAGGGAAAGGCUUCUAAAAUAUUGAAUAUCAAGGUACAGUGCUGUGAAAAUGUAUUUGCAUCCAUCCUGAUUUCUUCUGUUUUUGUGUAUAUCUUAUCCUAAAUUGUUUCAGAAGUGAAAACAAAAUGUAAUAUAAAACAAAGGCAACCUAAGUAAGCACAAAAUACAGUUUUUAAAUGACAGUUAAUUAUUGAAACAAAAAAGUUAUCUAAUACCAACUGGGCCUGUGUGAAAAUGUAUUUGCCCCCGUAGUUACUAAUUCCCCAAAUCUAUGAAACUGCUUUCAUAAUGGUGUUCAGCUGGACUAGACACAACUAGGCCUGAUUACUGCAAACCCUGUUCAAUCAAAUCAACACUUAAAUAGAACUUUUCCAGCAGCAUGAAGUUGGUUAAAAGGUCUUACCCAGUAACACACUAUGGCAAAAUUGAAAUAAAUUCCAGAAAUGAUGAGGAAGAAGGUGUUUGAAAUACAUCAGUCUGGGAAGGGUUACAAAGCUAUUUCAAAGUCUCUGGGACUCCAAAGAACCAUUAUAUCCAAAUGGAAAAACUCAGCACACCCAAAAACCAUACACUGAAUUCCACAAAGAGCAUCAAACCUAUGGUCAAGCAUGGUGGUGGAAGUGUGAUGUUGUGAGGAUGCUUUGCUGCUUCAGGGGCUAGGCAACUUACAAUAAUUGAGGGAAACAUUAAUUCUGCUCUCUAACCAGAAAAUCCUAAAGGAGAGUGUCUGGUUUUCAGUCCGUAAAUUGAAAAUCAAUCACAACUGGAUUAUGCAGUAAGACUAUGAUCCAAAGCAUAGGAGUAAGUCCUAGUCCUAGAAGUAAGUGUAAGGUGGCACAACCAGAUUUUAAGUUUAAAGGGGCAAUUAGUUUUUCACAUGGGUGAUAAGAGUUGAAUAACUUUUUUUUUUUGCUUCAAUAAAAAAAAAAAUUUUAAUAAAAAAUGUGUUGUGUGUUUACUCAGGUUGCCUUUGUUUUAUGUUGUAUUUCGUUUGAAGAUCUAAAACUAUUUAGUAUGAGAUAUACACAGAAACAGAAGAAAUACUUUUUCACAGCACUGUAUCAGGUCCAAAUACAAAUCCACAGUGCACCUCUCCUUGAAAUGUGAAGGUUAAGUGACACAGAUAAUGAGACAGAGUCAUAUUCUGACAUACUCGCUGUACAAAACAGGAUAAUGCACAAACUAGCAUUAUAAGAAAGCUAGAAUAUAAAUCUGUAUUAUAGUAAACAGUUUAACUUAAACUAGCAUUACAGUAAAUUGACUAACCCAUAACCUAGAAUAGCUAAUUACAACCAUCAUACCACACAAGCUCUAUAUGUUUAUUAGCACUUUUAAAGCUGUUUUAACUUUUUGAAUUAAUUAACUGGCAAAUGUAUUUGGGACUACAAUCACAGCUCAAUUGUUUCAUAAACUAGCAUGAAAUUAGCUAAACAAUCAGUAUUCUUGCUAGCUGGCUACUUGCUAGUUGUUGAUGAAACUGAAUGCUGCAUACUGCUUUUGAUCAUUAUUUAUUCUCCAUUUUCAACAUUGUAAAUUGUUGGCUUUUACUGUUAUACUGAGUCAGUGACUGUGCUAAAAUAUGUAUAUGCUACAGUGUAUAAGCUACAUUUAUAUUUGUAUUUUUAUACAGCAGUCGAUUUUUUUAUUUUUCAUAUUUUAAAAAAAUAUUUCUACAGUAAUGAGCAUCAAAAACAUUUUUUUUAUUUCCAUUAAAUAAAUAGAUUUUGUUUUAUUUUAUCUAUGCAAAUGUGUUAUGCCAGAUGUUUCAUGUUUGCAGUCCUUUAAGCUUUUAAAUAUUAUAAAUGUUUUUGUUUUUUUAAAGCUACCUAUGUGAAUAUACGAAUAAUAAAUAUUGACUUAUCCAGUUUAAUAAUUGUGGCUUUUUCUUAAUAAAAAUAUAGUUUACUAAAGAAUUUAUUAUUAUAGAAUUAUUAAAGUAGGCGUCAUCCAAGUAAACUGGAUAGCACAGUCAAUAUUUAUUGUACUAUAUGAAUAUUAAGGUUACAUUAUUAUACAAUAUUAUUUUUUUAUAUUACUAUUAAAUUAUAUGAAUGUGAGAAAACCAUAUUUGAUUAAUUGUCCUGAGUAUG